AGAGAGAGAGAGAGAGAGAGAGAGAGAGAGAGAGAGCAUCCGGCUGACAGACAGGUGAUGGUCUGCACAUUCUGUUUGCAUUUGCCUCCAGUCGGCGAAUGCGCUUGUAUUGUGCACGAAGACGUUCAUUAUGGAACCGGAGGGGACCAACCGGGUCCUGCAAGACGUACUCACCAGACCAGACAACGAGACGUGCGCGGACUGCGGAAAUCCGGAGCCAGACUGGGCAUCACUGACACUGGGUGUGUUUGUUUGCCAGGCCUGCUCGCUCCUUCAUCGCAGCAUCCCGCACAUCAGCAGGGUCAAGUCCAUUCGGGACACGUGGGAAGCAAGUGAAGUGGAGAUUAUGGCAGAUUUGGGAAACAAUGUCGCUCAGGCUAAAUAUGAGCAGAAUGUUCCCGCGUUCUACUACAGACCAACGCAUACUGACUGCAAGAUGCUAAGAGAGCAAUGGAUCCGGGCCAAGUAUGAGAGGAAUGAAUUUGAGUUCAUAGAGAAGCAAGAACCUUACACAGCAGGAUACCGCGAGGGGUUUCUAUGGAAACGAGGACGAGACAACGGUCAGUUUCUCAGCCGAAAGUUCAUCCUGUCGGAGAGGGAAGGUGCCCUCAAAUACUUCAACAAGCAGGAUGCCCGAGAUCCCAAGGCGAUUAUGAAAAUCGAAACCCUCAAUGCCACCUUCCAACCGGCCAAAAUUGGCAACCCGUGCGGACUGCAAAUCACCUACCUGAAAGACAACAGCACAAGAAACAUCUUUGUUUACCACAGCGACGCUAAGGAAAUGAUCGAUUGGUUCAAUGCAAUCAGAGCAGCCAGGUUCCACUACCUACAAGUGGCCUUCCCUGGAGCAAGUAAUGAAGAGCUGGUGCCAAAAUUGACCCGAAACUUCAUGAAGGAAGGCUUUAUGGAGAAAACAGGUCCAAAGCACACAGAAGGCUUCAAGAAGAGGUGGUUCACUAUGGACGACAGGCGACUGAUGUAUUUUAAAGACCCUUUGGACGCCUACGCCCGCGGCGAAGUGUUCAUCGGCAGUAAAGAGAACAGUUACACCGUUCUGCCUGGCCUACCCUCAACCAUUCAGGGCCAUCACUGGAAUCACGGCAUCACCAUUGUCACACCAGACAGGAAGUUUCUGUUUGCUUGCGAGACUGAGGCCGAGCAACGGGAUUGGAUCGCAGCCUUUCAGAGAGUCAUCAAUCGGCCCAUGAGGCCGCAGGAAUACGCAGUGGAGGCUCAUUUUAAACACAAACCCUGAGGCCUUAAAAAUAAGCAAGACUGAAGCUGGAGUUGGCCUGACCUUGGAUCAGAACGAGUGUGACCAUGGAGGAAAGGUGAUGAGUUAACACAAGACAGGUUGAUAUUAUCGAAAGCUUGAUGUGAGGACAAAGAGUGAACGAUUUGCAGCAAGCUGUGUGAGACAUGUCGACCCACCCCUGGAAUUCUGUCUCGUGAAUGGUUUAACGACUUUGAACUCUGUUAUGAAGUGAUAUUUACACUGAGUAAUAUUGCAUUGUUAAUUUAUUGACUGUAGGCUGUGUGCGGUUCUAAGUGAGUAUGUUUUAAGUGAGUUGGAACCACUGGCAUUGAAACCAUGUUCAACAUAUAUCUGCAAAGUACUGUUGACCACAAAUAUGCAUUAAAAACACACAAACUCUCAGUGACCAGUCGCUUUUAACAUAACUGUGGGAAAGUUCUUUUUAAACAGAUGUUGCCUUUGUUGCUCAUUGUGAAAUUGUUGCUGCUGCUUUGAAGGAUUGUAAUGUGAAGGGACCGUGAUUAUGAGUGUUUUAUUUAUUAGCCUUUUUUAAGACCAGGAUGAUCAUUUAAUUGCAGUAAUUGUUUGUUUUACUAUAAAACCUUACACAUACGAACAUC